UUUGCUUCUUCUCCGAUCACUUUCUCCAAUGGAAAUCCAAGCUUCGAGCAGUGGAACUUCAUCUCAGUCUCAGCAACCGUCGCUUAACGAUUGCCUGAAGCUCCUGAGAGGUGAGAGAGACGAGCAGCGUUUAGCCGGCCUACUUCUGGUAACAAAGUUCUGCAGUAAGGAUGACCACGGUGCCAUUCAGAAGGUAUACGACGCCGUUGGGGCUCAAUUCCUCCACCGCCUCUUGCGGACUGGGAUGGGGAAAGGAGAAGCAGACGGUGGUCGAAAGGAGAAUCGUGAUGCUUACUUGCAGUUAUCUAUCACCGUGUUAUCAGCAUUUUGUAGGGUUCCAGAGAUUGCAGCCUCGGAGGAUGUGGUUACGAAGAUACCUCUCAUCCUGGAGGUUAUGUCCCAAGAGUAUGGUUUCAAUAUACCUGUUGCUAUGUGUGUCAUAACUUUCAUGAUUGCUAGUAGCAAUGCUUAA